ACCGGACGAACCGUAGAGACUCGUAGGCAGCCCAUUCCUUAUAUUCCCGUUCUCACAUCAAUUCUCGCUCGUGUGCUUUUCUCUCAUUGGACCACUCAUGGCGGAGGUUGAGCUGAAAACAGCCCCUGCAGAUUUUCGAUUCCCUACAACAAAUCAAACCAGACACUGUUUUACUCGUUACGUUGAGUUUCACAGGUGCUUGACAGCAAAAGGUGAAGAGUCUGGUGAAUGUGAGAAAUUUGCGAAGUAUUAUCGUGCCCUCUGCCCGGGUGAAUGGGUUGAGAGGUGGAACGAGCAAAGGGAGAACGGGGCUUUUCCAGGUCCACUUUGAUGUAUGUCGCAUCAGCACCUGCAACAUGGAUUGCUUGCUCAUUUUCUUGAAGCUGGUUACAAUGUCUUUCAUCCGAUCCUAGUUGAAUAAUAAGGCGGCAAUAGAGUUUUCUUUGAAUUUAUUGAACAUUUAAUUGUGUUGAUUAUUGCAUGUGGGCAUGUUUCUUUAUGACUUGAAAUGCCUGGCAUAUUCCUAUCUUCUCUAAUAUAUGAAUUUGUUUUGAGCAGAUA